AGCCGGGCGGCGGCGGGGCGGGCGGCGGCUCCUCGGCGGCUCCGCGGCGGAGCCGGGCCGCGGGCCACCAUGCUGGGCCUGGACGCAUGUGAGCUGGGGGCGCAGCUGCUGGAGCUGCUCCGGCUGGCGCUGUGCGCCCGAGUCCUCCUGACUGACAAGGAGGGGAGACAGCUGCCCCCUGACGAGGCACUGGAUGAGGCUGUGCCUGAGUACCGGGCCCCAGGGAGGAAGAGCCUCCAGGAGAUCCAGCAGCUGGACCCGGAUGAUGAGAGCCUGGCCAAGUACAAGCAGGCAUUGCUGGGGCCCCUGCCCCCUGUCACGGACCUGAGCCUCCCCAACGUGCAGGUGACCAGGCUGACGUUGAUGUCUGAGCAGGCUCCGGGGCCCAUCACCAUGGACCUCACAGGGGAGCUGGCCGCGCUGAAAAACCAGGUGUUUGUCCUGAAGGAGGGUGUUGAUUACAAAGUGAAGAUUACCUUCAAGGUCAAUAAGGAGAUCGUCAGUGGCCUCAAGUGUCUGCAUCACACCUACCGCCAGGGCCUGCGUGUGGACAAGGCCGUGUACAUGGUGGGCAGUUACGGCCCGAGCGCCCAGGAGUAUGAGUUUGUGACUCCGGUGGAGGAAGUGCCUCGAGGAGUGUUGGUGCGGGGUGCUUAUGUGGUCACGUCCUUCUUCACGGAUGACGACAGGACGGACCACCUGUCCUGGGAGUGGAGCCUCCACAUCUGCCAAGACUGGAAGAGCUGAACGCCUCCCAUCCCAGGGGCUGCCCUCCCAGUCGGGGUCCUGCUUUUCCCUGCCCCUCAGUCAGUGAUCACACCCCCCACACCCUCUGCUCCGUCCUGGGACGCCCCCUCCCUGGGCUGGCACUG